GUGCCGGCACAAUCAGCUUGUACCUCUACGUGGCAGGCUGUUCAGCCUUGGAGUGGGAGCAGAUGGACGCUUCUGAUUUAGCCCGAAGAGGAGGAUCAUCACCAGCGCUGAUGAGCUUUGGAAGGGAGCCAGUCGGACACGGCUGGGGUAACCCGAAGAGGAGGACCGAAAAUGCGGUGCAGGCAUGGCUGAUGAGCCAUAAGGGGCUUGACUGGGUCGGCGUACCUGUUGAGUCUCAGNGAGGAAUUUUUUUUUUCAUUGGUUCGGUUAGUCCUUUGGACUGGCGGCUGAAGAAGAAUGUGCAGNUAAGGUUCCCGACUGGCAUG